GCAGUUAGACCCGACGCAGCCGGAUCUUCUCAAGCGCGGGAACACUGUCUAAGCGCGCUCAAUAAUGGCCACUUAGCAUAAAACCAACUUUAGAAAUUAUAGGGUUCAUUGCCGGCCCUUUUCGUGGAAGCUAGAAUCCGAUAUGACGUGCGCCGGCGGCGAGGGCUUCGCAGGGGCCAUAAACUUCCACCCUUCUGGUGAGUCCCCCGCCGUAGAUCUCACCGGUCGCGUCCAUCUCCUCCCCUGUUCCAUCAAGCAGGAUGGCCCUUGCCCCGUGUCCCACUACUUCAAGCCCAGAAAGACAGAUGCUAUGGUGGGUGAUCUGCGCGUCGAAGAGGCGUUCUUCCGAGGGAGGAAGUUGGAGGGCGUCACCAUUCCUCUUCCUCAAGGAUAUCGAGGUUAUGUUCUAGACAAGAAAAGAUCGGGAAGUGAAAAGUGCUCAGAAACUCCCGGAGGGGGAUUUGGCCGGUGGGUUUCCCGUGCUGAGUUCACGAACUUGACAUACUGGAAUCAUGACAACCUCCCGUCGUCAGACGAUCUGCUCCCACGUUGCUUCCACUGGUUUCCUGUGGCUAAUGCACUGCACAAGCCGGUCACCGAAGAAGAGCUGGCUUCUGCAACAUCUGUUCAGACUACAACACAGAAAUGAUUGCAUUUGGUAUUCUUAAAACUUCUUGAGUAAAUGCUCGAUUGUAUAACUAGUUUUUUUUUUUUUCAAGUUUCAUUACAUAAGGUGGGAACCUUGCACCUUCAACUUGAAUAUUUAGGUGAUCACUAUCUAAUGGAUUGUUUGGAGUAGGCAGUAUUUUUAAAACUGGACCAGGCAUGCCAAGGCAACCUGUUAACUGGGAAUCAGAAAUCAGGCUUUCCUGUUUUAUUUGAAAUGUAUAAGAGAGCCAGGUUAUCAAGAGGCAACUAA